GAAACUUUGGAUCCACGCAGUCCACCGGAACCUCCGCCACCAGCCAUUCGACCACUGACUCAUCUUGUUCGGAGUUGAGGCAGAGCUCCAUUGACGAAGACGAUGAGACGGACGAGACGAAUGGGCCAGAAUCUGGCAGUGGCGAGAUGUCAGACACGCCGGAAGUCGAGGUUGAGAUAGAGGCGGAGGAAGAGGAUGAGGAGCAUGGAAACAAAGAGGAUUUAAAAGAAGUUGGAAAAGACCAGGUUAUAGUCCCGUACGAUAACAGAAGAGGCACUAAUGCCGUUUCAAGGCGCCAUAAUGCUCGUCUUGGAUAUAACAAUAAUCACGAAGGCCAUGAGUUGAGUGGACAACUUGUAAAGUUCUUUGAUGUCUCCAGACGCCGCAACCUCAUGUUUUCUACGAUCCUUUAUCACUAUAAUUAUAAUAUUCUAGAGUGUUCUGGUAGUGGUCUGACAUUGUCCAAAGCUCUUGAUUUAAAAGUACUUGUUGACGGGACCUCAGGUUUGGUAUCAGUCUCCCUGUGCUGUCUACAGUCUUGA